CAUUCUUUAACGUAUUCCUCUUGAAAUGUUUUUGUAGUUUUAUGUAUCUAUGUUGUAUUGUGUAUGUUUAGAAAUUGUGUUUUUCCUUUUUCGAGAAAGUCCAUAGGAACGCACCCCACUUGCUAAUACGAAAGCCCAUAGGAAAAUUAAUUUCGCAUUACAGAAUUUCGCGUUACGGCUAGAUUAUCAAGGAUGCAUUACUUCCCUAAAACGAGAGAUUCAUUUAGUCCUAGAUCAAAGUUUCUUUAAUUUUCUCGUUCUUUCGUGUCUAUUCCCCACUCCACGUCAAAGAAGAAAGUAGUUGGCGAUGUUACGUAACUUCGCCAAGUAGUUUUAUAUACAACAGUUUAGUGAAUAUUAUUAGCAGCUUUUAAAAUCAACAUUUUCUGUCCAAAACGCACCUCGGUGUGAACAUCGCUAUAAUGCAUUUAACCAUAGGUCCGCAGAUUCAAAGAAUACGAAGGACAAAACACCACCUAAACUGUAUGGCACUCUCUGCUGUUUAGAGGCAAGUUCUUCUUAAUCAGUGACACUUCCGGUAUGUUAACCUCCACACUGAAGUCUAUAAACAUUGUUGAUAUAUUAUUCUUUCUUUACAUGUAUUCACAGUGUGAGUAAUAACUAAUUAAUUUCUGUAGUUAACUUAAGAGGUUGUUCAUUAACCAGAAGACAAUAGAGAUAUUCUAUAAGUAGUAGUUGAAAGUUCUGCUCAAUCUAUCUAUUUUCUCAUCUAUUUCCAAGUCUUACUACUUCACUACAUGUCUCAUUUCAUCUACAUUGUUUUGAAGGGCAAGGUACUUUCAUCUUAAAAGUUAUCCAUUAUGAAUAAUGGACCUUCAGUGAGCUACAUCUCACAACAAACCAGGACAAAAUCAAAUGCAAAAAAGGCUAUAAUUUUAAAGAAAAGUUAUUUGAUGACAUUGAGAUAAAAAUAAUACACUGAAGAUCGACUUUUGAAACUAUAGCUUCAUCAAGCUGAUAUCAACCUGUUUCAACAACUCUUAUUUGAAAGGAUGUAAAAUAUUUCUUUGGAAUUGAGAUUAUUUGCAAGAAUUCCUACAUAAAAGGUUGUGGGAAAAUUUUGUGGAAACAUUAAGUUUAUGAGAUUUACAACAAGGUUUCAACUGACUCAUUUGUAAGGGCUUUAAUGUCUGGGUAUAUCUUAACUGAAGCUAGUUUAAUGAUCUCAUAGCUGAUGAUUAUUAAUUACAAAAUUCUAUCCUUUUAAAUCCACUUUAAGUUAUUUUGAACACCCAAGACAUCUUCAGUCUUUAAUAAAGAUCAUCUACGUGCUAAAUAUAGAUUAAAGUGAAGUUAUGGAUGAAAAAACACAACCUGAAAUUACUGAUUCAUCUAUUCAGAUAAAGGGAAAUAAAAGGGAAAAAUCAUACCCUUGUGAUGUAUGUGGAGAGGUAUACACAACAAGAAGUAAUUUAAUGCAACACAAAUUAAUCCAUGCAACCUCCAAGGUGCACUACUGUGAAGUUUGUGGUAAAGGAUUCACUCGUAACAGUUUAUUGACUCGCCAUAAGCAUAUACAUACAAGAGAAAGGCCAUACCACUGUGAUAUCUGUGGUGAAAAAUUUUCUAGAAGUGCUCAUUUGUCUAGACACAGGCAUAUUCACACAGGAGAAAAACCAUAUCCCUGUGAUGUCUGUGGUAAAACAUUCUCUCAAAGUGGUACUCUAUCCACUCAUAAACAUAUUCAUACAGGAGAGAAACCAUAUCAGUGUGAUAUCUGUGAUGACAGAUUUUCUACAAGGGGUCAAUUGUCUAACCACAAACGUAUCCACACAGGAGAAAGACCCUACCAAUGUGAUAUUUGUAGUAAAACAUUUUCUAGAAGUGGUCAUUUGUCUUCCCAUAAACUUAUCCACACAGGUGAAAGGCCAUACCAAUGUGAUAUCUGUGAUAAAACAUUUUCUCGAAGUGGUGAUUUGUCUUCUCACAAACAUAUUCACUCAGGAGAAAGACCAUACCACUGUGAUAUCUGUGGUACAACAUUCUCUCAAAGUGGUAGUUUAUCUCAGCACAAACGUAUUCAUACAGGAGAGAAACCAUACCAGUGUGAUAUCUGUGAUAAAACAUUUUCAACAAAGAGUCAUUUAUCUUCCCACAUACGUACUCACACAGGAGAAAGGCCCUACCAUUGUGAUAUCUGUGGUAAAACAUUCACUCAAAGUGGUAGUUUAUCUCAGCACAAACCUAUUCAUACAGGAGAGAGACCAUACAAUUGUGAUAUUUGUGGCAAAACCUUUUCUACAACUCGUAAUUUAACUCGACACAAACGUAUUCACACAGAAGAGAAAGCAUACCACUGUGAUAUUUGUGAUGAAGCAUUUUCUACGAGGGGUCGUUUAUCUUCCCACAUACGUAUUCAUACAGGAGAAAGACCAUCAUAACACUGAAAUUUCUGUUAUAAAGCAUUGUCACAAAGUAGUUUAUUUUGACAUAAAUAUAUUUUACAGAGGAGAAAGACCAUACCCUUGUGAUAUCGACAGUGAAACAUUUUCUAGAAGCGGUAAUUUUACUCAGUGUAAAUAUACCCUCACAGAAAGUAAACCAUAGUUAUAUGUCUAUGGUAAAAUAUCUAUAUAUAUAAAACUCAACUUGUGUGUCUGUGUGUUUAACUUCCCGGCACAUCUCCUCCUAGCCAACAAAUCGUAGAACCACCAAAAAUGGGUCACUUACAGUUUAGGCGAAUGAUAAUUGAACUGCACUAUUUCUGUUCCGGAAUUCAUCUCACAAGUGCAAAAGUCGAUAAUGUGCUUGUUUAGGCCUUAUCCUAUGCAUUGAAUAGUGAACUAUACUCAGUCAGCUGUUUGACAUGAACUGUGUUCACCACGCGUGCAGGCAUGCGUGUAUUGCAUGAAAAAUAAAAAAUAAAAAUAUA